AUGUCUAUCUUCCCUAUAGAUCUUAACAAACAAGCCAUAGCUGGUUGGCAAACCUCCUCAUCAUCUCCACGACCAGAAGGUGUCAAACAUCCUCCCUCUAUCAACGGAAAUGAAGCUUCAACCUCAACCUCAAAUUCGAACCCAACUUCCACACCAGUACCUACAGAAAAACCCCGGAGUGUUAAACGUCUUCGACCCAAUCCAGUCAAUCUAGCAGAAAAAUAUCGUCCUCCAGAUCUACGUCUGUCAAUGUUGGGAGGGUUAGACACUCAAAUCACUCAAUUACUCGAGAUUGUAGCUUUACCUUUACAACAUCCAGAGAUAUACGCUCAUACCGGUGUUUCAAGACCACGAGGAGUUUUAUUACAUGGUGUUCCAGGAGGAGGUAAAACACAAUUAGUCAAAUGUCUAGCAGGUGAAUUGGGAUUACCUUUCAUAUCCGUUUCAGCACCUUCGAUAGUUUCUGGUAUGUCUGGAGAAUCUGAGAAAACUUUGAGAGAUACUUUUGAUGAAGCUAAGAAAUUGGCACCGUGUUUGUUGUUUUUGGAUGAGGUUGAUGCUAUUACACCUAAGAGAGAGACUGCACAGAGGGAGAUGGAGAGGAGGAUAGUGGCUCAAUUGUUGACUUGUAUGGAUGACAUGGCAAGUUCAGAAGAACCCGUAGUCAUCAUAGGAGCAACCAACCGACCUGACUCUUUGGACACUGCCCUUCGCCGAGCAGGGAGAUUUGAUCAUGAGAUCGAAAUGGGUGUUCCUGGUGUAGAAGCUCGAGAACAAAUUCUUAAAGUGCUUUGCACCCCUCUAAAACUCACAGGUGAUGUAGAUUUUCGAUGGUUGGCAAAAGCCACACCAGGGUAUGUCGGUGCCGAUCUUACCUCUUUGGUAACUGAAGCAGGGGUCAUCGCCGUCAAACGUAUUUUUGAAGAUCUAUCUUCCCAACCUCUCUCCACCAGUACCCCCUUCACACGACCACCUUCUACCGAUAUCGAUGACCAAUCGUUUGCCAUUUCCAAUGGUGAUAUCGACAUAGACCCACCUAUACAAUCAUUACGAAAUGUCGAGAUAUCUUCCGAUGGUCCACUCUCAUCAUUAUCCCUUCAACUUCGUCAAACUCCAAUCGCUCGAUUUCUGCUCACUCAUCCUUACCCACUACCUCCUGAGAGCCUCGAUGUCCUCUCCAUCCACGCCGAUGAUUUUGUCCAAGCAUUAAAGAUUGUCCAACCUUCAGCUAAACGUGAAGGAUUCGCAACUAUCCCUGAUGUGAGUUGGUCGGAUAUCGGUGCAUUGGGAGAAGUCAGGGACGAAUUACAUAUGGCUAUUGUGCAACCUAUCAGAAGACCGGAACUUUUCGCUGUAGUGGGUAUUGAGGCACCCUCUGGGGUAUUACUUUGGGGUCCACCGGGAUGCGGGAAAACUUUAUUGGCGAAGGCUGUAGCGAAUGAGUCAAGAGCGAAUUUCAUCAGUGUCAAAGGUCCAGAAUUGUUGAAUAAGUAUGUUGGUGAGAGUGAGAGAGCGGUUAGACAAGUAUUCGCAAGAGCAAGAGCUAGUUCACCCUGUGUCAUCUUUUUUGACGAAUUGGACGCUUUAGUACCACGUCGUGAUGAAUCAAUGUCCGAAUCAUCAGCUCGAGUAGUCAACACCCUCCUCACCGAACUCGAUGGACUCAAUUCGCGCAAAUCAGUCUAUGUGAUAGGAGCUACCAAUCGACCCGAUAUGAUCGAUCCAGCUAUGGUCCGUCCAGGUCGUCUUGAUAAACUACUCUAUGUUGAUCUUCCAACACCUUCCGAACGUGUGGAAAUCUUGAAAACUCAUACCAAACGUACUCCUAUACCGGAUUCCGCCUGGUCAGAAAUCGAGGUUUUAGUCACUGGAGAUCAAUGUGAUGGAUAUUCAGGAGCUGAUUUAGCCGCUUUAGUAAGAGAAGCAGCUACUUUAGCUUUAAGAAAAGCGUUGGAAAGUAUGGGAGCAUUCGAAACUGAUUUAGAUGUGGGUGGAAGUGGUAAUCAAUUUGGAGAUGUUGGAGAAGGAAGAGGAACGAAUGGAGUGAGAGUUGGUAUUGAAGAAUUCAAACGGGCUGCUGAAAAGACUAAACCUAGUGUUUCGAGAGAACAGAGAUUGAGAUAUGAGAGGAUGAGAGAUAAAUAUGCUGGUGUACCUACUAAGGGUAGAAGAAGGGAAGAGAAUGGUUUAGGGGAUGUCAAUAUGAGUAUAUGA